UCUCCUAGAACCGAAAACAUGGCGAUAUGGAUUCGCAAGCCCUUUGUUGGUGCCCGUAGUCUCCUCCAGUUCCUCAGACCAGGCCUUGCCUCACAGACCAGCUCAUUCAAGUCUGGACCAUCCUUCAAGCAUGAAGACCUGCAGAUUACCCUUACUACGAACCCAAAGCAAAAGCCAGAUGUGGACAAACUGGUGUUUGGCAGGCAUCACAGUGAUCACAUGCUGACUGUUGAGUGGACUAACGACAAAGGAUGGGGAAAGCCACAUAUCCACCCAGUACAGAACCUCAGCAUCCACCCAGCAGCCAAAGUGUUCCACUAUGCUGUGGAGUUGUUCGAGGGAAUGAAAUCUUACCGUGGACAUGACAAUAAGAUCCGUCUGUUCAGACCAAUGGAGAAUAUGGAGAGGAUGGUACGAUCUGCGGAGAGAGCCUGUCUCCCUACAUUUGAUGGGCGUGAGUUGGUGCAUUGCAUGAAGAAAUUGAUCUCUAUUGAUGAGAGCUGGGUACCCCACUCCACAGAGGUGGCAAAUGCUCUCUACUUGCGACCAACUUUUAUUGGCACAGAGCCCUGCCUUGGAGUAGCCAGGUCCAAAAAUGCCCUGCUUUAUGUACUUACAGGCCCAGUAGGUCCAUAUUAUCCGACAGGACUAAAGCCAGUUAGCCUCAUGGCUGACCCUUCCUAUGCCCGGGCCUGGCCUGGGGGUAGUGGCAUGUUUAAGAUGGGAUCUAACUAUGCCCCAACGAUUGCAGUACAGGACUUGGCUGAGGAGCGAGGCUGUCAGCAGGUCCUGUGGCUGUACGGAGAUAACCACGAAAUGACCGAAGUGGGAACUAUGAAUCUCUUCCUACAUUGGAUUAACAAACAAGGAGAGGAAGAACUUAUCACGGCUCCAUUGAAUGGAAUUAUACUUCCUGGGAUUACACGAAGCAGUCUUCUCCAUUUAGCUAGAGAAUGGAACGAGUUCAAAGUGUCAGAAGGAAUAUACACUAUGGAAGAAAUGAUCGAGGCCCUCAAUGAGAACAGAGUUAUUGAGCUGUUUGGAGCUGGAACAGCUGCUGUUGUGUCCCCUGUCGGAAGAAUUUUAUAUAAAGAUGACUGGAUAUAUCUCCCUGUCGGGGAUGAGAGCUCUCUUACACAGAGAUUUUACAAUGAAUUGACAGAUAUACAGUAUGGUAAAAAACCAAGUGACUGGAUGGAGGAAAUCAAUGAUGUAAAAAACAGCAGUGACUCACGGGUGAACAUGUCGGGGUGAAAGCCAUCAGGCUUGAUUGUACAGCUGUUCCAUCAAGAACAAUCCAGCUGUGAUCGACUGGUGAAUCUCAGACAUUUACUCCAAUAUUGUGUUACCUCAUGUCUUUGUUUUUAUCUGUGGAAUCUCAAUAGUGUAAGUUGGUGCUUUCGAGGAAUAGUUUAUAGGACUUUUGGUUAAAGAUUCUCUCUAUUUGGGGAUCAUCUUAUGUCUUUGUAUACAGGUAAAUGGUUUAAAAUUUGGAAACUUUAAGAUAUUAAAUUACCUGGAUAUCAUGGUUCAGUACAAUAAGAACUUAAAUUCUAAUUUAAACUUAGAGGCAACUAGGGUGAAGUUAAUGCUCAACCUAAAAAAUAGUACCUAAAGACUAACAUACAUCUAUUCUUUCUAUGUGUACUUCUAAAUCAUGUUUGACAACGUUUCUGUGAAAUUUUGUUUUCUCGCUUCAUUUCUUUACAAUAAAAACAUUGAAAAAUCAAAAAAAAAAAAAAAAAAUAACAAAGUUUAACAAGUCCUUUCCUAUUCUGUUCACUUGUAUCCUGAAAAUGGAGAAAAAUACUGUAAUCUUUGAAAUCUUUUGGAACUUUGGACAGUAAACAACUACUAUUGAAUCAAAAUUUGCUGAUAAUUCACAAUUUAAGUUCAUUUUAUUAGUAAUGAGUUAUUUGGCAAUAGAAGUGUGUAUUCUAAGUCGUGAAAAUUUUCUUUGUUUUGAAAGAUAUGCCAGUUAAUUGAAAUUUUCUCUUAUUUGAAAGAGGUUCAAUGUACAUCCAGUGCUGAUAAGUAAAUUUCUUAAUGGGCAAAAACUUUAUAUCAAGACAAAUACCUACUGGUAGGUAGAGAUGUUAUGGUUUUACCGGAGGCCCUGCUAGAUGUACCAUUUUAGUAUCAUCUUGGCUAAAACACUAAAACACCAGUCUGUACUAAUUUUGCUUAGUGUAUUGGAUAAAACCUGAUUUAUGAUAAUUUUGUAACCAUUAACGGGUAUUUUUUGUUCGUUAAGGUAUCAAGUCUUUUUCAAUAAUCCUUAUUUAUGGCUUUUGUUUAUGUUGAUAGUACAUUAACCUAAUUGUUCAAAUAGAUUUCUGAGAAUCUCGUCUAAUAGACAGAAUUGUUUUGUAUUUUUAAGUUGUUACAUUUUUGUUUUUUUUUUGUAUCGAGUGAUAUUUAUUUCAAGGGUUUACAUUUCAUGCGUAAAUAUACACAUGACUUACUUUGUAGUGAAAUUAUUAUAAACAUAAUGUGUGGCUAUCUUAAUAAAAUGUAUAUGACAUGAUAUAUUUGCAUAUGAUCUAAGUAUUUUUCAAUAAGUGCUUGAGAUAUAGGCAAAUUGUCCUUUUGAUAUAAAACUGUUUUUUUUCCCAAAACAAAAUUGUGCUAAUAAGGCAAUGGCUCUGUUCAUCAAAUGAAAAUAACUUAUCAUAACCUUUGUCUUAUAUCCCUUUACGGAAUUGUUAUUUGUGUAUUUUAUGCAUUGCUAUAAUGUAUUGUAAUAUUCGUUGAAAUGUUGAAAUCAAAGGGAGGUAAUCUGUUACUCAUUCUGUGUAUACAGGUGACAGGACUUCUCUAAUAGAAUCUUUCCCUAGCUGGAGGAUAGAACAGAGAAAUCUCUACCCGGGGAGGAGAUUCAUGACUGCCUAACCCCAGGCUUUGUCGAGAGACUGUUAGGAAUCUCCUCUGAGGGUAGAGGUUUCUCAAGUCCACCCUCUAACUAUGGAAUGAUCCUUUAUCUAUCCCUUAUCUCCAACAUGUUAGAACAAGACAAAUAUAUAUGCUGACAAAUAUGGAAACAUCACCAGGCAAAUAACAACUUUUGUUUUUGACUGAUUUUUAAAUGAAUUAAUAUCAAAUUAUCUUAAACUAUCGAUACCAAUCAGUCUCGUCUCAAAUUUACAACUUCCCUUUCAGCACAUAUUUAUGUCCAGUGCUGCUGGCUGUCUUUCUCCAGCAGGGUAGAGAUAUCUUACCCUCACUGGCAUUGUGAAUCUUUCUUUCCAGUGGGGUAGAAAUGAAUGAUCUGUAGAUAUGUUAUUUCUUGUUACUUAUAACACAUAUAUACAGACCAUGGGGUUGGGAUUGUUCCAAGUUCCUUUGAUACAGGCCAGAUUUAAAACAAUAGUCAUAACAUUGUGUCUUAAGAUCAUUGUUUCUUGUUGGCGUGUUAAUUAAAUCAAUUUUAUGUAUGUAAUUAAUGAAAACUCACUAAGGUGCAUUUAUUGUUUUUUUUAAUCUGAAGGACUUCUAUGUUUUGUUGGAGUAUUAAGUUUGAAACAUCCAUUUGUGCUUUAUAUAUCAAAGAAUUCAGAAAAUGUUCGAUUAACUUGUGUUAAAUGUUCAUUCUAAGGGAUGAAGAAUGACUCGCCAAAUGUUUUUUUGGAAUACU